AUGGACAAUCAAACAGACUGUGAAGUUAUCGUUUGGUCUCAGCAAGCCUUCUCUAUUAUCCAACCGAUCUUUUACAUUUCUAUCAUCGCCAUCUUUACUCAUCUCUUCUUCUGGAUCCAGUUUCUUCUCUACCCAUCCGUCCGACAACGAUCGAUGCAAUGGCUCUAUGCUUACCUAAUCACCGAUCUUCUUCUUCUCGUUCGCUUCUUUCUCUCCUACAUUUACCGAUACUCGUCGCUCUGCAUACCUCACCAUCCUCGCAUCGUCAUCUGUUAUUGUGAAGCCAUCUUCGACAACUACCUCAAUCUACUGCAGAGCUACAUUCUUCUUGCUCUCAACAUCUGUCGAUAUCUUCAGAUCGUGCGCAAUCACAAUGUGUAUUCACUCAACCGUCGUCUCAUUCUUUCUGCCCAUCUCUUCAUCUAUGUGUUGCCACUACUCGGUCACGUGACGCUCAUUCAACGCGGCUGGUCUCAUCUGCAAAAUCCGCCAGGUGAUGCAUGUGAUCUAUUGCCAACAUCGUUGCUGAUCCGACUCGUAUUUCUUCUAUUUUCGUAUUUCAUUCCAGUUCUUCUCACUCUGACCUUUCUGCUACGCAGUCUCAACUACAUUCGCAAUACGGAUGGCAUUCAGUCGCGCGAAAUCGUAGACGCUCGACUUCGACAUCAUCGUCAGUUGGUGAUUCAGUCGUGUGUGUUCUAUUCGUUAUGGUUGAUACUGUGGUCGCCUCAUCUGUUGGUGUUUCCCUUUUACUACAAGAGUAGUCGAGUUGGCAUAGUUGCUCAAAUAAUGAACUACAUGAGUAUUGCAGUUGAUCCGGUGGUGAUAGCAGCGUUGGAUGUUCGAUUUUUGAACGCGUGGAAAUCGUCGGGUGAUCAUGUUGAUCGACAAGUUAGGAGAAAACGAUCCGUAAAUAUUCCAAUUAUUGUCUUAUCAAGUCCGACCGAAUCCUCGAAACAUACUCCAGAAGACAAUUUCGAUAGCAAGUGA